CCGAUAUUCGUCGAAGAUGGACGGGCUUGGGACUAGCAGCAGUGGUAUGCUUCCGCCGGCCGCGCUCGAUGCGGUCGACUCGGUGCUGUCUGCGCCGCCCGACGCCGUGCGCCGCGUGAAGCGCAUCAAGUACUCGUGGUCUGAUGACGUCACGCAGGACGACGAGGUCGGCUUUACCUGCGCCGACGGCGGCUACAUCGAGUGCAAGUACUGCGUCGGCAAGUCGGGUGCGCCGCAGCGCAUCAUGUGCCAAGGACCGUUCAACGCCACGACGUGGAAGACGCACAAGAAGUCCAAGAACCACCUGCGCAGCGCCAGCUUGGGCGAUUCCGUGCUCAUGGUGGCCACGCCCCGUCAGACGCCCGUCCUGUCGAUGGCACCAUCGACGCCAAGCAACAUGGCAUCGCUCGCACCCGCACCGCCAAUGGCCACUAUGACGCCACUGCCACCUUCGUCCAAGCCCAUUGCGUCGAUCGAGGACUGCCCAGGCAUCUACUACGGCCCCGCCACAUACCUACGCCUCAUGGCCGUCUACGGCGAGUUCGAGGACCUUGGUGUCCAGAUCGCGAUCCAUGGCCACGAAAAAGCGACUGCGCACGUCGUUGGCUGCCUCCACCGUUUGACGCGGCGCGACGCGGUGACGCAGACCAAGCGCUACAAGAAUGCGUGCGAUGUGUGCUACAGUGCGACACAGGACAAAAUUGCACCGUACAACACGGUGCAAAAGUUUGCCUACCGAACGCAGCGCAUGGCCAAGGUGGUCGAGAUCCGCGAGGCGCUGCAGAGCAGCCUCACAAGUGUCUUGGCGCGCAAGACGCUCACGAACGCGCUCUGCCUCAACAAGUCGGUCACGCCAGCGUACAAGGAGCUCAUCCAGAAAUGCAAGCUGCGCUUGGACCUGAUGAACUGGGUCGCCAAGCACGGCGACGCACUCCUGGCGCAGGGCAUUGGCUUGCCGCCUGCCUUUCUCUCGACCAGCGCGUCGCUCUAAGAGCUUAGUUUUGCAAUUCUAUCUAACGUUACAUCAACUUCAAGUUGCCCUUUUCGCUCGCAUCCA